AUGAGCGUACCAUUUCGCCUGCCGCUGCGGACUUUGGCCAAUCCCGCGCCGGUAGUUCGCAACUCACCAAAAGCCUCGAUUGCCAGCACUUUCUCCAGUCUAGCUACGAAGCCGUUGCGCACGACUUUCUCGCCUUCCAGAUUGACUACCCAGCAAUGGAGUCCUCGACAAUGUGAACCAGUCUCGGGUGCAUCCCUGUCCAGACGCUGUUUCGCCACAACAACCUCACCCCUCUUGACCGCGGAGACCAACAGCCAGCAAAAAAACGGACCGAAAGACAAGCCUCCGAAAUCGCGGAAAGCGAUUGUGUAUCUGGUUGCAUUGGGCGCUAUCGGUGUUGGCGGAGUGGUGUACUCUCACGAGAUCAAGCAUGCAUACCAAGCAGCGGGACGGAGUGGUCGUGUGGUCGGCACAUUGGCAGUCUGCAUCAAUGAUUACCGCGUUACCCUUAACAAAGAAUCACCUUCUCCCGAAGAGCGCGAUGCCAGCAUCCGCGCAUGCCACAAGCGAUGCGCUGAGCGUACGCUCCGUGUGCUCGAGAAGAACGGAUCUAUUUUCAUCAAGCUGGGCCAACAUCUUAGCAGCAUGAGCUAUCUACUCCCGAUCGAAUGGACAGAAACCUUCAUCCCGCUCCAGGACAAGUGCCCGGUGUCCUCUAUCGAGUCGAUUGAGGAGAUGUUCAUUCAGGAUACCGGACAGACAAUCGAUGAGCUUUUCAGCUCUUUUGAGCCUUACCCAACUGGUGCUGCCUCGCUUGCCCAGGUGCACAUUGCUACCCUGAGAGAAACUGGUCAGAAGGUUGCCGUUAAGGUCCAGCACCCGGCUCUCGCUGAGUGGGUGCCUUUGGACCUUGCGCUGAACCGAUUCACCUUCUCUAUGCUUAAGCGCUUCUUCCCGGACUAUGAUUUGGAAUGGUUGUCCAAGGAGAUGGAUUUGUCUCUGCCCAUUGAACUGGAUUUCCGCAUGGAAGCCCAGAAUGCCACUGAAGCCAGCGAAUAUUUCAAGAAGCACUCUGACGCUCCAUUGGUUAUCCCCGAAGUUAUGUGGUCGCAGAAGCGCAUCCUUGUUAUGGAGUACAUCGCUGGCCGCCGUCCCGACGACAUCGCUUUCCUCGACGCUAACAACAUUGACCGUGACGAGGUCUCCGCUGCCUUCGCACACAUCUUCAACGAAAUGAUCUUCGGUGACAACGCCCCGCUCCACUGCGACCCCCAUGGCGGCAACGUUGCCAUUCGUGUAAACCCCAACCGCAGCCACCCGAACUUCGACAUCAUCCUGUAUGACCACGGCUUGUACCGCAACAUCCCCCGUGAACUGCGUCGCAACUAUGCCAAGCUAUGGCUCGCCGUUAUCGAUGCUGAUGUUCCCCGGAUGCGUGAGUAUGCACACAAGGUAGCCGGCGUCACGGACGAGCAGUUCCCUCUCUUCGCCAGCGCCAUCACUGGCCGUGACUACUCUGUCUUGACGAAGCAGAACGUCGUAUCUUCGCGCACUGCCCAGGAGAAGAAGGAGAUCUCCGGCGCACUGGGCGAGGGCAUGCUGCAACAGUUGGUGGUAUUGCUGAGCCAGGUCCCCCGAAUCAUUCUUCUGAUUCUCAAGACCAACGAUCUUACUCGCAGUCUUGACGAAAACCUACACACUCGCCAGGGCCCGAUGCGCACAUUCCUCAUUCUUGCGCGCUACGCCACCCGCACUGUCUUCGAAGAGCAAAUUGAGGCGAUCCGGGAUUCUGGUGGCGUCUUUGUGAAUUUCUUCCGGUACCUCUCCGCCUGGAUGGGAUUCAUGCGCGUCGAGAUAAAGCUGUCUGUCUAUGAAACGGCUUUGAGCUUGAAGAGCCGAUUCGGUCUGCGAACCGCGUAA